UCGAAAACUUUUUAUUUGCUGGUCUGUCCUAGGGAGCCCGAGGAAGCAAGCGGGAGGAAAAAUAAGCGAAAUCGUAAGUGAAAGUAAAGAAUAAGAGCUCUGUUCUGUCAAACGUAAGCUGCCAUCUGAGACCUUUUCACGGUGGGUUUCUUGACACGCCGUAUAAAUUUAUUAUAGGGAGCGAACACAGCGAAAAAUUUACACAGGAUUUUCAAUCAAUUUUGAGGCCUUGGGAGUUCACUUUGACGUUCCUUUGUAGCAGUCAGAUCUAUGUCGAUAAAACUUCACCGAUUUAUAAUAUAUUGAAUAUAUUAUUUGUUGAGUGUGUAAUCUUUAAAUAACCAUGUUGUUUUCAUUUGCUUCUCUUCCUAGAACUGUGAUCACCUUCUACACAGUGGACUCACUAUUUCCAGUACAGUGUAUAAGGUAACUUGGAAUACUUUUCUGACCUUUUUUGCUCAUUCAUUUACCUUACGAGAGAGUAAUGACCAUAUUGUAUUGAACUUCUGCGAAAUUGUCAAAAUUGUAGCGCGCGCAAAGCUUCACAACAAAGUCUAACUGUCACAAGAUAAUCAAGUUCCCCGGUUUCUCUCGCCCUCUCUAUGUUGAGGACAAUGGAAGACGCAACCUUCACUAGCGAAAAUUUGGCAUAGUUUAAUCGAUAACUGCAUUUCGUUUAUUGUCAAAAUAAGUGAUAGCUUUUUUAAAAAUCGUUGAAGAAAAUGUGGCAAAAUUAGCUAAAAUCAACCUUCACCAACCCAAAGCUUCGCGUGAGCAGUACAUACAGAGUCCACUUUUUCGGUAUUCGUGGACGUGUGGUGGCAAGAUACUCUUUGUAUGGUACGGAAUGUGUUUUUGUACAAAAGCCAUAUUAGCUUGAUGUUUUGAAAAGCUAAGCCAGGCUCACCACUGCUUAAUUCUCGGAAACUGAGCACGACUUAAUUUUCUCAGAAGUCACGCUAGACUAACUCUCGUCACACCAAGUCCUUACCAUACAGCCGACAACUCGGCCGUGACCUCUUCAAUUAUACGGGCUCCUGGUGUAACCGAGAAAACAACGGCUACCAGCAAGUUUUAUUCGUAUCCUUUUCCCAGUUUAACACUAGUCUUUCUUCUUCCGUGUUUCCUCACAACAGGAGCCCGUUGGAAAAAGAGAUGGCAAAGAGGCCUCGGCUCCCGCCUUUUCUCUCUUCAGUCUCUUCUCAUCUCCCAUGUUAAUUUUUCAGCCGUUGACUAACAGCGGUCGUUUCAGUCAAGUGGCGCGUUUAGUGAGUUCUGUUCGUCAGUUGUCCUCCAACACAUCCUCGGAGACCCAGGGGCAGAUAGUGGGGGCAAGGGAAAGUCUAAACGGGCGGAAAAAUAAGGAACGAAGAAAAGAAAAGAACGGCGAGAAGAGCCCCUGGGGACAAUGUCUUACCAGACCAGUUCCAAACGGUCGCCGCCGUUCUGUCUUCUGAUUGGUGCCAGAAAACAAGUUUUCUGGCACCAAUCAGAAGACAGAACGGCGUCGACCGUUUGGAACUGGUCUGGUAAGACAUUGUCCCCAGGGGCUCUUCUCACCGUUCUUUACUUUUCUCUUGUGCCAUAUUUUCCCGCCUGUUUAGACUUUCCCUCGCCCCCACUAUCUGCCCUGGGUCUCCGAGGAUGCCUCCAACAGAAAACUGCGGGGAUACUAAGCAACAAAACAACUUUGAGACGCUGUUUGUGGUAGUAACCAACAUGCGCAUGGUCUCUAUGGCCAAUAUGAAACUCAAUUUGGUGCAUGAAAUUCAGUAACUUAUUUACACUUUAUUCCACGAGAGAAGCGAAAUGCAAACCUUUUUCCGAGAGAUAUUUUUUCAGCAUACCGGUAUAUAUAGGUAUAGAAACAAAGUUAAGUUUAGGAAAAAUUGGAAAAAGGAUGAAAACGACUCUUCACUGCAUAGAAUUCCCAACUUGAUUGUUUCCAUAUUCGUGCUUCACGAUCCCGGUGGCAGUCAUGCAACAAUAGCAAAAAUUCUAAGGCGUAAAGGAAUCGUUUCUCAGAAACAGGUCACUAGACCGUGAAUUUCUAAGAACACUAUUUAGCCUGCGUAGCCGAAGAAGCGGGCCCGGUUUUUGGGGGGCGAAAUCUCGAGGACACACGAGGGGAGAAAAGGCUCCCCGUUACGUGUUCCCCUCGCGAGGCCUGUAAAAAAGAAAAAAAAAGGACCGGCUGAACACUAUUAAACACACACAACGUAAUUUGGUUAUUUAUACUAUUAACAGUAUUCAGUCAGCUACAGUUCGGGAUAACUGGCGUUGAAAUGCCAUUCAUUCAGUAUUUGUAAUUUUAACAUCUGUGACUUAAUCAAACUACUUUUGCAGCUCCCAUACUGACAUGAGUCCUCGAGUUUGUAAGAAGUUCGACAAGAAGCCAUGGCAAAAGUUGGAUCGGUCCACUUUACCUUCUAAGCCAGGAAUUUAUAGCCUUGCUCAUGAAAUACCAGGACGCCAGAAACGUAAGAACCUACGGCUGAACCUAUAUACUGGUAGAACUAACAACCUCAAAAGGCGAGUACAAGAACAUCAAAGGAAAAAAUUCAAAGGUUAUGACAGGUCUGCUCUACGCGUUAAGUCUGUUUUGGAACCGAAGCAGAAGAAAAAAGAAUGGGAGUAUAUGGAGUGUCAAAGGAAGAAGGGAAACUACCCUUUAUUGAACAAGAAAAUUGGAGACGGUGCCCCAUCUCGUGCGAAAGGCCGAAAAAGGAAGGCUUAAGACUGGUACGGGAAGACUGACCUCGAGAAUGCAAUUUUUUGUUAUUUGUUGACUGCUUUCUUUUAGAACCCGACCAAAAAGGCUACGGUUGUUAGUACUGGUCAGUAUGUCUGUAGCCCUGUAGAAAUUUGGGCCAAAGGGACAAAGAAAACCCUUCUAUUUUGUAAUUUUUUGUUUUAAUAGUUAUGAAAGCUAGAAUAAGUUUGACUAAGUGUGGCCGUAGAUUACCCUCGGUAAGAUUUCUUACCUUUGAUUAAGCUUGUUAUAAAAUUUGACAAUGUUACUCUACCUUUUACUUCAUUGAACAAUAAACGAGAUAGCCACUCUGAAACUGUAUGAUGGAUAACUAUUUAAUCUAAUACCGUAAACGUGUAACCACAAUACUGAACGAACUGCUUGAGCAAGUCUCGCCGUGAGAUAUAUAACUGGAGGAAAUUAUCAGUGAGUAUCUCUUCUCCAUAACACACUUGGUAUGACCUGGAGAAAUGGCGUCUUUGUAAACCUUUGACCAGG